AGCCAAUGAGUGGACGUCUUGUAUGCCGGUCUCCCUCGCUCCAUGUGAGUAGCAUUUUGGCUGCUAAACGACCAGCUAACGCCAAACAUCAUGCUUCGUCGCGAGGUGAGACAGAGGAGGGAGUAUCUGUACAGGAAGGCACAAGAAGACCGACUGAGAACAAUAGAGGAGAAGAAACACAAGCUGAAGAAUGCCCUCGAUGAAAACAUUCUUCUUCCCACUGAUGUUCGUCGAGAAGCUCUGCAGCUGCAGAAACUGGUGGAGUACGACGAUGAAGGGGCAGAAGGUGUCAGCUCUCACAUGGAUGAUGAAUAUAAAUGGGCCGGAGUAGAAGAUCCUAAACUCAUGGUCACGACGUCCAGAGACCCGAGCUCCAGACUCAAGAUGUUUGCAAAGGAGGUGAAGCUGAUGUUUCCUGGAGCUCAGCGCAUGAACAGAGGAAACCACGAGGUCACCGCGCUGGUGAGAGCCUGCAAAGCCAACAACGUCACAGACCUCGUCAUCGUCCAUGAAACCAGGGGACAGCCAGACGGCCUGAUCGUGAGCCACUUGCCAUUUGGACCCACGGCGUAUUUCACACUCUACAACGUGGUGAUGAGGCACGACGUCCCGGACAUCGGCACCAUGUCGGAGGCUUACCCCCACCUCAUCUUUCACAACUUCUCCUCACAGCUCGGCAGGAGGGUGUCCAAUAUCCUCAAGUAUUUGUUUCCAGUGCCAAAGGAGGACAGUAGGCGUGUGAUCACGUUUGCCAACCAGGAGGAUUACAUCUCUUUCAGACAUCACACCUACAAGAAAACAGACCAUAAGAACGUUGAGUUGUCAGAAGUAGGACCGAGGUUUGAAAUGAAAUUGUACAUGAUCAAACUGGGCACUCUGGAGAACGAGAGCACGGCGGACGUGGAGUGGCGUCACCACGCGUUCACGCACACAUCCAAGAAGAGGAGGUUCCUCAGUGUGCAGUGAAGACGCCGUGAAGAGCCACAAAAACACUUGUUGGACUUUAAAAAAAGAUCUUAAAUUGUGGCGUUUAUGAUCACAAAUUUAAGAAUCAUUAUCAUCAAAGACUGUGAGGGUCAUACUGAAGAAAGAAAAAAACACAAUAUUAUCAGGGAAAAAAGUUAAAAUGUCACACAUUUUCCACGUUGUCAGUGGCGUUUGCCUGCGUCUGCACGAUGUGACGGCUCAUUCCCGUCAAUGCAGACACGAUACAUCAUACGGCUUCAGUUUAUCAUAAGAGACCAUGUCGUUAAGCAUCGGGCUCUCUGUUGUACUGACAAGAGAAACUGUUAAAACCUCUUUGAACGGCACACAGAUAAAAGUCGUGACACUGAUGCUGAUGUAUGAUAAGAUAAAGUAUUUCCUUCUUCGUGAAGCUCAAACUUAAAGUAUAACUUUAACAAGAUGCUCCACGAUCACAGCAGAUUUCUUUAUUCUUGUAAUAUUACUUUUCUUCAGUAUCGACCUAAUAAAUACUCAGUUUUAUAAUAAAA